AUGUCAUGCAGCCAUGCAAGUGGAUUAAGUCCGCAAUUAUCCUCUCUUUGGCGCACAGCUUUCAUAACCUGCGUUUGGGUGAUUUGGUCGACACGGAAUAGACUUCUAUUUUCUAAUUAUUCACCAUUAAUCAAUUCUGCUGCAGCGUUCAUUUGGGCGUCAUUAAAGGAAGCAAAUUCCUUUAACAUUGGAGCAAUGCAUAACUCUAUUGAUGAUUUGCUGCGUCUCCGGGCUUUCUCCAUAUCAGGUUGUCCAAACCAAAACCAAAUAAGGCUCCGGUUAUCUUACAGAUUACUUGGCAACCUCCUCCUCCGGGCUGGAUAA